GCUCUCCUACGGAUACUGCAAUUCCAACUACCUUGAACUAACCAAAUCCACCGACAUCAACAUCAAACACUACAAAUCAACCAUCGCCAAAGCCUCAUAAUAUCGAAAGAAACACCCACAUCAAACAAACAGUCCAACUCACCCAACAAACCCUCCCGAAUUACAACAAUGGCGGCUAAGAAGAACGUCCGCGAUAUCACCCCCUCGGCCGCUGCUACCACUCAGGCCAGCACCACCAGCGCUGGUUCAGUUCCUCCUCAGCCUCAGCCCAAGCCCGUUGCCAUCGCCAAGAACGAAACCAAGGGCGAAGUUCAGUGGGACAAGGUAGCCCAGAACCUCUACAAUCACUACGUCAACAACACUCCUCAGCGCAUCAAGUUGGUUGAUGCUUUUAUGGCCUUCCUUGUUGUCGUUGGUGUUCUCCAAUUCAUCAACUGCGCCCUCGCUGGCACCUUCCCCUUCAACGCUUUCCUGUCCGGCUUCUGUGUGACAGUUGGGCAGUUCGUCUUGACUGCUUCGCUACGACUUCAAACAAAUGAGGCUGUCAAGAAUGAUUGUCCUUCAGUAUCCCCCGAAAGAGCUUUCGCCGACUACAUCGUCUGCAGCUUGAUCCUGCAUUUCUUCGCCAUCAACUUCAUUAACUAGACGGCCGGUUGAAUAUUGUGACCCUGGUGGGAUAGGGACCUCUUCUCUUGAGGGCUGCUACGUCGGACCCAUCAGGCAGUGUACGAUAAAAGACGGCAAAUCACGAAAUUCUUUAAAAGUUUGACCAAUAGAUCGGGAAAUAGAACAAUCAGCAAGGGGAAUCAUUUACAUGUGCUAUCUCGCCAUACUCUCAUUCUGCUUCACCACCACUGGCCUGAGUCUCUGGCUUUGGUGAGUCCCUUGGAGGACCGCCUUUGGGUGGGGGAGGGGCUGGUGAGUUCCUAGUCGAAGGUGCAUUGUCCACAGCCCGACUCUUCUCUUCCUCCUCUUUAAAGUAGUCAUCCAUCAGCCUGUUAGGGUUGUGGCCAUGGCGUUCCUUCUUCUUGCCAGCUCCCCUCGGCGGUGCACUCACCGGAGCAUCACCUAUCAUCUGUGCAGGCACCAAAAAGUCUCCUACGGGAGGGGCGGGCUCCGAGCCACCUAUAGCAGGAGCAUACGCGUCUUCACUCUCCUCAUUGGUAGCUCCGUCGAACAUCGUCUCGCCAGGGGCAUCAACGGGCUCGCUCAGAGGAGGAGGUAUCCUGUGAAGGGCUCCGUAUCCAAGCACGCAACCCAACGCUCCUUGGCCACCCCAAUCCCUGCUAGGUUGUAUUGUGACUUCUCU